GAACUCGCUCUGGACGAUGCGAAAAUCCACCUUUUGGCGCUCGAGAAUCCUGGCCAAACUCGACGGGGCGGCGUCAUAAUACGCGAGCAGCAUAUUCACCACAAGCCUCCACAAGGUGGGAAUGUUGGAGUUCCACAUCACCGCGACUUCACCGCAGCUUCGGGCUGUCAUCGAGGGCAGACGGGUAGUAGCCGCGCAAGCACGUCGCCCACGUGCCCCGUCGGCUCUCCAGGAUGCCUCGGUGGCGUGAUUGAAAGCACUCUAGACUGGCCAGAAGCGAGGGCUGGGAUUUGCAAGAGUGUUUGAACAUUUGGAGCCGGGGUCGUGAUUACGCAAAGGUUUGCAGCACAGUCGAAAGCAAGAAUGAGCGCCAGAGACCGACACAAGCCUCGGCAAGCACCAUUCUGAGACAGCGAGGUGCCAAAAACCAUGUGAAACAAGUCCCUCAAAUCCAUAGCCGCGUUCCCUUCUCCAUUGUGUGCUUCAAUGAUAUCCGCCCCGAUCCGGAAAGGAAACAGAGAGAGACGGGUUCAGCGAGUUCUCAAGACUUACAGCUCUGGGUGGAGUUGGCCGGCUAAAAGUCUUCAAGGUAGAUAGAUAUAGGGGCUAGCAUUGUCGCUAUCUGUCCAUGUACAUGUUGUAAGUACUCGGCCUUUUGGCUGGAUGCGCAGAAUGUUAAAAAGGGGGCUUAAGGAUACUCAUUCAAGUGACGAUAAACUUGUGGAUAAUAGCAUUCUCCAUCUUCUUUUCUCCACUCGGAGACCUAGUACAGCCCCAAAUCUUAUUCCAUAAUGGAGACGCCUCUUCUUCGUGUCGUUCGACAUCCUUCCUUAGAUGCUCCGUCUUCGAUGCAAGACCUGUCCAUGUUCUUCUCCAUCUGGACAGAAAAAGUUAAAUAUCGUUGGGAUCUAUUACAUAUCACCAAGCCCUGUUCUGCUCCCUUAUUUCUGGACAAGGAACCCGUGGCAGCAUCCUCCGAAACCAAGGCGACGGUCCAUGUCCAGAAAUAUCAGAUGAGCCGGCCCGGCAUGCUCUCCUGGAAACGUUGCCGUGGCUUCCGCCAUCCGGAACCCUGUGCCCACCGGAGAAAAUGUCCCCGCGGCUCCAGCUCACCGGCCUCCCGUCCCGGGCAUUCCUGA